AUGGAUCAUAGAAGAAAUGAGCAAGAGUUUGAUGAAUUAGAGAAGCUUCUUGGAGAGAUUCCCAAAGUUACUUCAGGAAAUGAUUAUAGCCCUUUUCCUAUUUGUUUGAGCUCAAGCAGAUCAUCAACAUCCAUCAAGAAAGUGGCUACAUUUGAAGAACAACAUCUACAUCUUCCCGGUGACCACGCAUUUACCUCUGAAGGAAACUUUAACUUUGGAAGCCCAAAUCAAUCUCCAGAGAAUCCUCAACUUAUGUGCAUCCCUUCCUACCACUCUCCAAACACUUCACCUUGUGUAUAUGACAAGUUCGACUCAAGAAAACUCGAUUCACUAAUUUAUAGAAAGCUGCAACAUGUUGGUUACUUUCCUAAUGCUCAGCCGCAGCAUUACAUGCCAUCCUCUCUGCCUCACCGUCAAGCUUUUGAUCAAUCUCAUAUCAACUGGAGGAAUAUCGAAGAAGAGCUGAAGCUGCAAGAAGAACAGUACAUGCCUGUGAACCCACCUUUCCUCUAUUUCUAUAACAAUGAGUGCCAUUUAAUGGAUACUGCUCCAAGACGGGAACAUUUUGGUUAUCAUCGAGCUGAACAGUCUAGAAACUUGUUUUGUAAUAGAGAAGACAGUGAUGAAAGCAGCAUGAGGAGUUUGGAUGGUGUAAGAAAGAAAAUGUACUAUCCGGAGAAGAUUUUAGUGAGAUCACAUCUGGGUUUAAACACUGCUAAAGUCAUAAAGUAUGGUGGUGGAGUCAGUGAAGAUCUCUCAAUGAGCCUCAACAAUCUAAAGUUACAGUCUCCAAAGUAUAACUCUCUUGCGGAGGCAAGAGGGAAGAUAUACUACAUGGCCAAGGAUCAGCAUGGAUGCCGCUUCCUGCAGAGGAAAUUUGCUGAGAAAGAUGGGAAUGAUAUCAAUAUGAUCUUUGAUGAGAUCAUUGACUAUAUCAGUGAGCUUAUGAUAGACCCUUUUGGGAAUUAUCUAGUUCAGAAACUGCUAGAAGUAUGCAGUGAAGAUCAGAGAAUACAGAUUGUUCAAUCCAUUACUAGACCUCCAGGAAUGCUUAUCAAAAUCUCUUGUGACAUGCACGGGACUAGAGCUGUUCAAAAGAUUGUUGAAACGGUUAAGAGACAAGGGGAGAUUUCAAGCAUAAUCUCUGCUCUGAAUCAUGGCAUUGUGACAUUAAUAAAGAAUGUAAACGGUAAUCACGUUGUUCAACGGUGCUUGCAGUAUUUGUUACCUCACUGCAAGAAGUUUCUUUUUGAAGCUGUGAUUACUCACUGUGUUGAGCUUGCAACUGAUAGACAUGGCUGUUGUGUACUUCAAAAAUGUCUUGGCUAUUUCGAAAGAACACAAAAAGAUCACUUAGUCUCUGAGAUUGCCUCUAAUGCUCUACUCCUCUCUCAAGACCCUUUUGGGAACUAUGUUCUCCAAUAUGUAUUUGAGCUUCAGCUUCAAUGGGCAAUCAAUGAGAUCCUCAAGCAAUUAGAAGGGAGCUACACCAAGUUAUCAAUGCAGAAAUGUAGCAGCAAUGUGGUUGAGAAUUGUCUGAAACUAGCUGAUGACAAACAUCAAGCGAGCAUCAUCAGAGAACUCAUAACAUAUGGUCGUCUGGACCAAGUUAUGUUGGAUCCUUAUGGAAAUUAUGUCAUUCAAGCAGCUCUUAAACAAUCCAAGGGGAGUCUUCAUGGUCUUUUGGUUGAUGCCAUUAAACUUCACAUCUCAUCUCUUCGUACCAAUCCUUACGGUAAAAAGGUCCUUUCUGCACUUAGCUUAAGGAAGUAAAUCAGAAGGUAAAAAUAAUAAACCAGAAAAAAAAUUGAAAGUUUUGUCUCUUUUAAUGUCUCAUGAUUUUUGCAGUUUAUAUGUAACAUCUUUCUUGACUGGCAGAUUUGUACCCAAUGUUGCUGCUUCUUGUUGGUAAAUUUAUCUUGUAACUUAUAAUGUAAAGUUUCGUAUUAAAGAUUCGAAG